CAUGGUAACAAGAGAACCAGAGUGAAACCUGAAGUGACCGCGACGACCGCAAAAAUCCAAUCCCGCCAGAAUCCGUCCAGAACCUCCGAGCUCAUGUCCCGGGACCUGGGGGCGGCGCCCGGGCCGCGCCGGGCUCCGGUGGCCUUCGGGCGGUGGGCGGUGCCGCGGCUGUUCGACGAGCUGCAGCGGCCGGACAGCAGCAGCAGGCACGAGGCCCUGGAGUCGCUCUGCGACCUGAUGCGCGACCCGGAGCGUCUGUACCAGACCGUGAACGGAGGAUUCCUGGAGCAGCUGAAGGUUUUGUUGGCGGAUGACGAUGCGUCAGUCAGAAGAGAAACUGUCGAGCUGCUUCACCUGCUGUGCGGCCACAGCGUCGGCAGACAGGCCCUGCUCGCCUCCUCCCUCCUCCCUCCUCUGGCUCAGCUGCUGGACGACUCCUCGUCCUCCUGCAGGACAAACGUCCAGCGGGUGCUGAACCGCCUCGCUCUGCUGCCUGCAGGUGCAGACGCUCUCCUCGCUCUGGUUCCCAAACUGAUGCUGAAGCUGGAGGAGGAGGAGGAGGAGGAGGAGGAGGUGCAGGUGCUGCUCCUCUCCACCCUCAGCCGCUGCUCCCGGCUCAACGCUCUUCCAGCUCUGGCGUCUGACGGCGUCUCGCUGGUCGGACGCAAACUGUCCCACCGCUGCACGAGCGUCCGCAGAGAGGCGGCUGCAGCCAUGAUGGCCCUCAGUGUUCCUGAGGACGGGAAGCGGCAGGUGUGCGAGGAGGCGGUACUUCCUGUCGUGGUCGCUCUGCUGCAGGACGAUGACGUCGAGGUUCAAGCCAACGCUGCAGGAGUCGUCAUGUACACCGUGGUCAUCACCGCAGGGAAGUAUCAGUGUCUGGAUCUGGGCGUCGUCCCCGUCCUGCUCCACCUGGUGUCCAGGAAGGAAGAGGAGGAGGAGGAGGACGAGGAGAGGAGGAGGAGGAGGAAGGCCCUGGUCGUCUACUCCCUGCGGGCUCUGACCUCGCUGGCUGAAGCUCCAGACGGACGCCGCCUCCUGCGGGAGCAGCUCCCCCUGCUGGAGGAGCGGAGCCAGGCUGCAGAGAAGGACGGGGACGUGCGGCGGGCCGCUCAGACCGCCGUCAGCACCGUGACCUGGACCCCCUGAGAACCUGACGACCUCUGACCUCCAGGACUGACCUGCUCCGUUAAACUCAGCUAUUAAAGUAUUCAACUUUA